AUGGCAGAGAACUAUGUGUGGAUAGAUGGAAUCCCUUUCCCUUCUGUGUGUUUUCCACCUGAAAACAUAAGAGAAACACAUGAGAUGUUUAUGGUGAGUGAUGGAGACAUAUUCAUGGUUACUUAUCCCAAAUCGGGAACCAACUGGUUGAUAGAGAUUGUCUGUUUGAUUCAGUCCAAGGGGGAUCCAACAUUUAUCAAAUCUGUGCCUUUCACUGAGCGUUCACCAUGGUUAGAAAUUAGUGAAUCGAUUAAAACACUAAGAAACAAGAAGGGUCCACGUCUCAUCACAUCCCACCUCCCUGUCCAUCUCUUUCCCAAGUCUUUCUUCAGUUCCAAGGCCAAGGUGAUUUAUCUCAUCAGAAAUCCCAGAGAUGUUCUUGUGUCAGGCUAUCACUUUUGGUGUGCCACAACAUAUAUUAAGAAACCAGAAUCACUGGAAGAAUACUAUGAAAAUUUCCUUCAAGGGAAAGUGCCAUAUGGAUCAUGGUUUGAGCACAUUCGUGGAUGGAUGUCCCAGAGAGAGAAAGAAAACUUCCUGAUGCUGAGUUAUGAAGAACUGAAAAAGAACACAAGAACCUCCAUCAAGGAGAUCUGUGAAUUCCUAGGAGAGACAUUGAAAGCAGAGGAACUAGAGUUAGUACUGAAGAACUGCUCCUUCCAGGUCAUGAAAGCACACAGGAAAGAUAAGGACAGCUUUCUAAGUAACAAUGAAACACAUUUUGUAAUGAUGAGAAAAGGCAUCACUGGAGACUGGAGAUUUCACUUCACUGUAGCCCAAGCUGAAGAGUUUGAUAAAAUAUUCCAGAAGAAGAUGGCAGAUUUUCCAAAAGAGCUGUUCCCAUGGGAAUAA